AUGUCACAAAGUGCCAACUUAAGAAAGUGUACCAGAAAUGUUUCAAUUUGUGGUGAAUACGCGAGCGGAAAAUCGACUCUCGCCCAAUUACUAAUCAACCAUGAUUUAACAAACAAUGUAAAAACACAAAUUCUAUUCGAAAGUACUUUCCAAUCACAAUUAUAUUCUACAAGUAAAAAAUUAAAUUCCUCUGAUCAUCAAGAAUAUUCCAUCAAUUUAUUGGAUUGUCCUGGUAGGUUAGAAUUAGUCUCCCAAGUCAGCACAAGUUUCAGAUUGACCGAUAGUUGCAUAAUGUUAUUCGAUUCCACUUCAAAACUGGGGAAAUAUACAGAAUUAAUUACGAGACAAAUUUCACAAGAGAAUAUUCCUCUUCUUAUAAUUUUGGAAAAUGUGGUGUUUGGAUCUGUCAAGCAGGGAUGGGCAUUUACAUUGAAAGAUUUUGCCAAGUUUUAUUCGAAACAAUUAGGAAUGAAUCAAGAAGAAUUGGUAGAGAAAUUGUGGGGUGAUUAUUAUUAUGACACAGAAAAUGGCCAAUGGAUGAAUCAAUCGAAUGAAAAUGUAUUAGAAAGGGGGUUCUGUCAAUUUAUUUUGAAACCUAUUCGAAAUGUCUUAUUGGCUUGUGGCGAUUCACAUUUUCAUCAAGUAGAAGAAUUGCUAAAUCCUUUUGGAGUAACUCUUUCAGAAUAUGAUGACCAUUCAAAGAAAGAAUUAACCAAUUCAAUCAUCAUGCAGAAAUGGUUGCCAGCCAGUGAUUCAAUCCAUGACUUGAUUUGUAAUAGUUUACCUUCUCCUGAAAUGGCUCAACAAUACAGAGCUCAAAAUCUCUAUUCUGGUUUACUUUCCGAUAAAUUUGGGUCAGCAAUCAAGAAUUGUGAUCCAAAUGGUCCUUUAAUGAUUCACAUUUCUUCAAACAACAUUGUAAAUGGAAAGAUUUAUGCAGUGGGUAGAAUAUUUUCAGGAUCUUUGAAAUCAGACACAUUAAUUAGAAUAUUUUAUUCAAAGGAUGUAUUUGAGGAAAAAGUGCUUGGUGGAAUGGUAAAUUUCAAUGGUUUACUUGUUGAACCAAUUGAAGAGGCAAGUUGUGAAUUCAAUUCGAUUGUUGGACUGGUUGGAAUUGAAAAGUAUCUAACAAACAAGGGAGCUACCAUUACUGAGAGCACAGAAUUGGAAGCUAAAUCAUUUACUAGUGUGAAUUCUCUCAAUUUUCCAAAGAUUAAUAUUUAUGUGGAACCUAAAAAACAAGUUAAUCUUCCUAAAAUCAUCAAAGGAAUGGAACUGAUUGCCAAAUGUGAUUCUUCAAUUUCCCUAUCUUUGGAUGAAGAAACUGGAGAGAAAAUACUAACAAUAUUGACUGAAUCUCAUUUGAAUUCAGUGCUAGAUCAAUUCCAACAACUAUAUCCAAAUAUUGAACUUGAAUUGUCUGAACCAAUAUUAAAAUAUCAAGAAACUGUAACAACUGAAUCAGCCAAUAUAACGUUUGUGAAAACUCCAAACAAGCACAAUAGAUUAUGGCUCACAGCUAAAACUCUCCAAGAAGAGAUAUCCAAUUAUAUUGAAUCAGGAAAAUUACCAGAAGAUUCUACGGAAAGAGCCAGAGUAUUGAACGAGAGGUUUGGAUGGGAUCCUCUGGAUGCCAGAAAGAUUUGGUCAUUCGGUAGAGAUACUACUAGAAAUAUUGGAGCCAAUGCAAAUGCAUUCGUCGAUCAGACAAAAGGAGUUCAAUACUUGAAUGAGAUUAGGGAUUCGAUUUGUCUUGGUUUCCAUAUUGCUGCACAAGAAGGUCCUUUAUGCAAUGAAUUAAUGCGAGGUGUUCGUUUCAAUCUCAAAGAUGUGACCCUGCAUUGUGAUGCUCUUCGUAGAUCAACUGGGCAAAUAUCAUCAGUAGCAAAGAGAGGUUGUUACGCCUCCAUGUUAGAUGCACAACCAACCCUAAUGGAACCAACAUUAUUAAUGGAAUUUAAAUGUGGACAAUCUCAAUUGGGAACUCUCUUUUCAAUUCUCAAUGAAAGGAGAGGAAUUGUGUUGGAACAGGAAAAUUUCAAAUCUUCAACCUUUGGAAAAGCUUAUUUACCAGUUUCGGAAUCGUUCGGAGUUGUGGACCAUUUGAAUAAGCUAAAUAUUUCUUCUCAAUUCAUUUUCGAUCAUUGGAAACCAAUUACUGCAAACUCAACUCGAUUAUUAGAAAUUGUGAAUAGAAUUCGUCUCAGAAAAGGACUGCCCGAACAAGUUCCCACCUACACCGAACUAGUAGAUAAAUUAUAA